AUGGGCGCCAAGGGCCAAGAUCCAGGGCUCAGCAGCAGGAGCAGCAAGAGUAGCGGCGGCAGCAGCAGCAGCAGCAGCAGCAGCCAGCACGGGCCCGACCCAGUCAGCGUUCCCGCCAGUGCAACAGUGCACCACCAAGGUUACCUAAUACCCACCUGCUACCGCAGUGCCGUCAUCAGCGUGCCGAAAGCAGCAAGGCAAAGUGGAGCCAGACCGCGUGCUAACGAACGGACCAAUUGCAGCAAUGAUUCGGUGGACUGUGCCAUGUGCCAGGCUACGUACCACAUGAAUUGCGUGCGGCCCCCCCUGCUGAAGAAGCCAAGCCGCGGCUUUGCUUGGUCGUGCGCCGCAUGCAGCCGCGCCCGCGAACGCGAGCUCGAGGCCCGUAACACACCAAACCUUGCCGACCAGCAAUCCAUCCUCGAGGCCGACGACGACGAUGCCUACGAUGACGAAGAUGAAGAGAUGCCCGAUGCCGACGCCCCCCGAGGGCUCUGGUCGCACCAGUCCCUGUGGCCGUAUCGCUAUCUUGGCAUGCAUUGCAAGGCUGAGGAUGCGCUGGAUCUGGAUGACCGCAUCUUCCCCCGUGCGAGCACCCGGCUAGGUCUGCGCCAUCAGGCCGUCGUGCCCCCCUGGUACGGUCGGCCUGUGCAGUACGUGAAACCGACGAUUGACAUCAAGAAGGGUAAGGGCAGCAGCAAGCUCACCAAGGAGCAGCAAGCUGCUCUCGAGGCCGAGCGCAUUCGCAAGGAGAAGCGGCCCAAAUGGAUCCAGGAUGAGCCCCCGGGCUAUGUGGAGAGAGGCGGCGACGACACGGCCACGCUGCUCUUCAAGCCCCCCGAAGAGUGCGGCUCCAGCAUGACGCACGAUGAGCUCGACGCUUACAUGGACACAGCGCGCAGCAUGGCGUUGAGUCUGGGCCUGCCCAAGUACUCGACCAACCUGCAGGACGUGGCGCGCGACAUCCUGUUCCGGUGCAACUUUGAUGCGAAAAGGGCUCUCGAGGAGUUGGCCCGCACGCCCAAGGCCGAGUUCAAGGAGCCCGAGCUGACGCCGGCCGAGCAGAAGAAGUUUGAGGAGGGCGUCGCCAAGUACGGGUCGGAGCUGCACCUCGUCAAGAAGCACGUCAAGACGCUGAGUGCCGCAACUAUCACUCGCUGGUACUACACGUGGAAGAAGACGGAGCGCGGCAAGCAGGUCUGGGGCAACUUCUCGGGCCGCAAGGGCAAGAAGGAUGCCAAGAAGGCCGAGGCGGCCGCGAACAAGCUGGCGGAUGAUGUCGCGGAUGACCAGGACGACUCGGCGUUCGACACGGACAAGGCCAAGACGCUGAAGAAGUCGUUUAUCUGCAAGUUUUGCUCGACCAAGAAGUCGCGCCAGUGGCGCCGUGCCCCCGCGGGGGCCAUGAGCCCCAUCUCUGAGAAGGAGAGCGGCAGCGGCAAGAAUGGCGAUAAGAGCAAGGCCGGCCAGGGCGAGAAGAAGGAGCAGUACAUCCAGGCGCUGUGCCGGCGGUGCGCAGAGCUCUGGCGUCGCUAUGCCAUCCAGUGGGAGGACGUCGAGGAGGUGGCCAAGAAGAUGGCCCAGAACGGCGGCCGAGGCUGGAAGCGCAAGGUCGAUGAGGACUUGUACAAGGAGCUGUUGGCAGCCGACGAGAUGAUGGCUAACACGCGGUAUUCGACGCCGGAGUCGGAGAAGGCCAGCCCUGAGCGCGAGCAGAAGGAUUCUGCGAGAGAGAAGACUGCUGCUUCGUCGGAGCCUCCUAGGAAAAAGCUGAAGAGUAGCGUCGACAAGGAUAAAGAGAAGGAUAAGGAAAAGAUCAAGGAAGAGAAGGACAGGGAUGGUGACCGCGCUCCCUCGGAGGCUGCUAGUAGUAGCAGCGCGUCGAAUGCGGCCUCCUCGUCCAACAAGAAGAAAGCAGCUGCCGACAAGGAGAAAACGGCGGCAGCAGCAGCAGCAGCAGCAGCAGCAGCAGCAGCAGCAGCAGCAGCAGCAGCCGAGAGGGAGAAGGAAAAGGAGAAGCAGGCCCCUCCUGCGCCAGCACCUCCUCCGAUGCCCGAGAUUCCCAAGCCGAAGACGCUGCCGUGUGCCAUCUGCCACGAGAUGGAGCCAAUGGGCGACCAGCACUUGUCGUGCAAGGAGUGCCGGCUCACGGUGCACCGUAACUGCUAUGGUGUUGUGGACAACCGCGCGCCGGGCAAGUGGAUUUGCGACAUGUGUCUGAAUGACAAGAACCCGCAGCUCUCUAUCCACUACAAGUGCGUCCUCUGCCCGAUCGAGUUUACCGAGCACGAGUUCCUCGACCCGCCCAAGAUCUCCAACUCGCACAAGAAAAAGACGGACAAGGAGCGCGAACGCGAACGCAUCGAGCGCGAGACGUACCAGCGUGCCAUCGAGUACUACCGCAAGAAGCAGGAGGAGAUGAACCGGCCCAUCAACCCCCACGAGCCGCUCAAGCGCACGGCCGACAACAACUGGGUUCACGUCACCUGCGCCGUGUGGACGGCCGAGAUCAAGUUCGGCAACGCCAAGGGUUUGGCGCCCAGCGAGGGCAUCCCGCUGAUCCCGCGUGCCCGCUACGAGGAGACGUGCAAGGUGUGUAAGACGCGGAAGGGCGCCUGUGUGUACUGCCAUCACUGCCACGCGCCGGUUCAUGUGGAGUGCGCCAACCAGGCCGGCUAUGUCCUGGGCUUCGAUAUUACGCCGGUCAAGGGUUCGCGUCGCGAUCAGUUCCGCAUCGUCACCAUAAAGGGCGAGACUGGCGUCAUGUCGGCGGCGGUGUGGUGCAAGGACCAUGUGCCGACCAAGACGAUCGUCCAUCGCAUGUAUGACAUUGUCGAUGAGGCUACGGGCAUGAACGCUCUGCAACUAUAUGUGCAGAACUUCAAGCAGGCCGAUUUGACGCUGACGGGCUGCGCGCGCAAGGCGAAUCAGCUGUCGAUAGCGUCCAAGCAGAUGGCCAACGGGUCCUCGUCCUCCUCGUCUUCUGGCAGCAGUGGCAGUGCGGCACAUCAUCAUCAUCAUCAUCAUCAUCAUCACCAUCACCAGCUGAACAGACGGACAUCGCUGGCGGCGGUACUUAAUGGCGACUCCUCCUCGUCGUCGUACUCGUCGUCGCACAGCACCAUCACCAACGGAGUUGAUACUUCUCUCAACCCUCGCCAUCCGUGGGGCAAGGUGUGCAUUACUUGCGGCGUUGACGUCAGCCCGAAGUGGUAUCCGGUCGACUUGACACAGGAAGAAGUAGCACAGCUAAGCUCCGAGGCGCGUAAGUUCGUCGAGCAGCGCAGUUUCCAGUGCCAUAAGUGUAAGAAGGCCGGUCGUCAGCCCACUCUACAGCAGCCGGCCAAGGAGCCGACCCCUCCGCCCGUCCUUGAGCCGCCGCGUCAGCCGUCCCAGGCUCCUCCCGUUCUGCCCCCAUUGGGUCCGACUCCGACUGAGCCCAGGUCUCAUGGCCACGGCAGGACCCCGUACGCUUGGGGUCCGCCGCCGACUCCGGGUCCUGGUCCGAACCCUGGCCAGCCUCCACCGUUGCUUCAGGCGCCCGCCGCUGGUCCCCUGGCGCUGCCCAGCAUAGUGCAGCCCGGCCCGCAGGUACCCCCGCCGACUUUACCUCCUCCCUUGGGUGCUCGGAAUCCGGGUGUUCCCCCUCCUCCCCCUCCCCCGCCGCCUAACUAUGGUUCUCGAAGCUACGAUUGGCACCGCGGUCCGCCGCCUCCUCCAUUGCAUCCGACCCCGCGCGAAGUUAAUGGCAAUGGCCCAUCGCCUCCUCCGACUUCCCUCCCGGCUCUUGCGCCGCCGAACCAUCUGCGCCCCCUCCCAUCGGUGCCUCAAACCAUUACCCUCCUCACACCUCGGCCCCCGCGCCGCCUCCUCCUCCUCCUCCUCCUGGGUCUAACGGGCACCUGGCAGGUCCGCCCCCGCCGUUCGUUAAUGGCGUACCGCAAUCUCCUAGACACAUGCCGGGUCCCCCGCCGCCACCGCCGCCACCCCCCCCUCCUCCAGGUCCAGGAUCGAGCAGCGCACCUGCACCUUAUCUCCCUCCGACGACGCCCCAUCACCCGAGCCAUCACGGCCCACAGCCUCCCCCUCCGCCAUCUCAUCACCACAGUCAUAGUCACAGUCAUUCUCAUUCUCGCUCUCACUCCCAUUCCAUGGUUAUGGGCUCCCACAUGCAUCAACAUCAUCAGGAAGCCUUGGGGUCCUCCUCCGCCGCCGACGACGAGUGGGGCUGGUGCUCCGGCGGUGCCGCCGUUGAGGGAAUUACGGGAUUUGAGGGAUGGGGUUUUGCCUCCUCCCCCUCCGCCGCCGCAGCCGCAGGCUAGGGAGUAUCCUGAGCAAGGGCGUUAUGGCCCGGUUGAGUACGAGGGGCAUUAUCCUGGGGAGCAAGGGGCAAGGUAUCAUGCUCCUCCUCCUCCUCCUCCUCCUCCUCCUCCUCCUCCGGUUCCACCGCCGUCGCAACAGCAUCAGCUGCCUCCUGUUAGGGAGUGGGAUGCUACUAGGGAGGUUAGGGGGGAUCGGGAGCAAGCUAGGGAGCCGGUGUCUCAACCGGUGCCUCCUAGGCCGAGUGGGGCAAGUGCGAGUCCUAGUCUAAGGAAUUUACUUUCUUGA